CAGUAAUGGAUAAGCUUUUCACAGUGUUUCUUUCAGCUAUGUAAUGUUUGCAGUCUAGAGGUUUAGACUGUGUACUUUCUAGAUGAAAAAUGCACUUUACAUUCUUUCGUAUUUUUAACUACUUGUCUUAGACCUUCCCUGGGUUAUUGGGGUUUUUGAGGGGGAUAUGCUUUGGUGGAAGUAUUUAUUUAAUUCUUUCAUUUUGUAUCAAAAUCUUUGGAAUUCUGUUCCAUGAAAUUCAGGGGAAGUAGAACUCUCAAACCUUAUGGACUUUCAGAAUAUGGUCAUCAAAUGAAGGAGAGAUGCGUGAAAAUUGGUUUUCCCACAAAGCAAAAGAAAGAACUUACUCUUUACUUAUGUUGGGUAGCAGCAGUUCACUGGGCAGUAAACAUAAGAGUAAACCUUUAGUUAAAAGUCAUGUUGACAAUGGGUGGAGAAGCAGGGUGGGGAGAAGCCACUCUGCAUGUCACAUCUUGAUGAGCAAAUAUGGAUACAUAGAAUGUACUCAGAACUCACACCUGAAAAUACAAAGGAGAAGUCUUUAAUCUUGCCCUUCAUAUUUGAUGCGUGUUUCUUUUCCGCUGGAGGAGGAAAGAAAUGGAACCAUAAGAUUCCAGGCCCAGAGUGAUUCUCCUCCCCCUCUACUCUGCCAUGACAAUCCAAUGGCAGACCAAAGGAUGGACAUUUCCUCUACAAUUAGUGACUUUAUGUCACCAGACCCUGCUGACUUGAUUUCCAGUUCCCUUAGCACUUCAGGAGUGGAUUGUAAUCGGAAAAGGAAGGGAAGCUCUACUGAUUAUCAACUUGAUGGCUUUCCUUUUGAGGAAGGUAUGGAUACAGAUAAAGAUGACCAACAUGGAAGACUGGAGUAUGCAGACCAACAAGGGAGAAUAAAAAAUGCAAGGGAGGCUCAUAGUCAAAUUGAAAAAAGGCGUAGAGAUAAAAUGAACAGUUUUAUAGAUGAACUGGCAUCCUUGGUACCAACGUGCAACGCUAUGUCUCGAAAGCUAGAUAAACUCACUGUAUUGAGAAUGGCAGUCCAGCAUAUGAAAACAUUACGUGGUGCUACAAACCCAUAUACAGAAGCCAACUAUAAGCCUGCUUUUCUGUCAGAUGAUGAAUUAAAACAUCUAAUACUCAGGGCAGCAGAUGGAUUUCUUUUUGUUGUGGGCUGUGACAGAGGGAAGAUACUGUUUGUUUCAGAAUCUGUCUUCAAGAUCCUCAACUACAGUCAGAAUGAUUUAAUUGGUCAAAGUUUAUUUGACUACCUUCAUCCUAAAGACAUUGCCAAAGUGAAGGAGCAGCUAUCUUCUUCUGACACUGCACCACGAGAAAGGCUUAUAGAUGCAAAAACUGGACUCCCAGUUAAAACUGAUAUAACACCUGGGCCAUCACGACUGUGUUCUGGAGCAAGGCGGUCCUUCUUUUGUAGGAUGAAGUGCAACAGGCCUUCGGUGAAAGUAGAAGACAAGGAUUUUCCUUCAACCUGUUCAAAGAAGAAAGCAGACCGCAAAAGCUUCUGCACUAUCCACAGUACAGGAUAUUUAAAAAGCUGGCCACCAACAAAAAUGGGACUGGAUGAAGAUAAUGAGCCAGAUAACGAGGGUUGUAAUUUAAGCUGUCUUGUUGCAAUUGGUCGCCUGCAUCCUCAUGUAGUACCACAGCCAGUCAAUGGUGAGAUCAGGGUGAAACCUACAGAGUACGUUUCUCGACAUGCAAUAGAUGGAAAAUUUGUUUUUGUAGACCAGAGGGCAACAGCCAUUCUGGCAUACUUACCCCAGGAACUCCUAGGUACUUCAUGUUAUGAAUAUUUCCAUCAAGAUGAUAUAGGACAUCUUGCAGAAUGUCAUAGACAAGUUUUGCAGACAAGAGAAAAAAUUACAACAAACUGCUACAAGUUUAAAAUAAAAGAUGGUUCUUUUAUUACCUUGAGGAGUCGCUGGUUCAGUUUCAUGAACCCUUGGACCAAAGAAGUAGAAUACAUUGUCUCAACAAAUACAGUUGUUUCCACCAACAUACUUGAUAGCGGAGACGCAGCCUUCCCACAGCUUGCAGCUUCUCCACAUAGCAUGGACAGCGUGCUUCAGGCUGGAGAAGGCGGCCCAAAAAGGAGCCAUCCUACUGUCCCUGGAAUUCCAGGAGGAACAAGAGCUGGGGCAGGAAAAAUAGGAAGGAUGAUUGCUGAAGAAAUCAUGGAAAUUCACAGGAUAAGAGGAUCAUCACCAUCUAGCUGUGGUUCAAGUCCACUGAACAUUACCAGCACACCACCGCCCGAUACCUCCUCCCCUGGCAGCAAGAAGAUCCUGAAUGGUGGCACUCCAGACAUUUCUUCAGCUGGACUACUAUCUGGGCAAAUCCAAGAUAGCUCUGGUUACCCAUAUUCUGAUAACUCCUCUAUUCUUGGGGAGAACUCCCAUAUAGGCAUUGACAUGAUUGACAACGAUCAAGGAUCAAGCAGCCCUAGCAACGACGAAGCAGCGAUGGCAGUAAUAAUGAGCCUUCUUGAAGCAGAUGCAGGUCUUGGUGGCCCUGUAGAUUUCAGUGAUUUGCCGUGGCCCUUGUAAAUGAUGCACCUUGCUUCAACAUCCAAAUAUCAAAGUGCAUUUAUUGGUGGAGUUCUACAGUCUGUGAAACUCGUUGGAUGGAGAAGCUUUUAUGUAUGAAUUUCAUAAAAGCCAUAUCAGAAUGCAACUCAUUCUUACCAUGUGUAAUGUCAGACAAAGUGGAAUAACCCGCUACAGUGUUCCGUGUUGAUUUGGUUAGCUGUGUAUAGCUUGCAAUACCUGUAUAUUUUGGAUUCUGUUAUUUGAAUUUUUUUUAAUCACUGUGCAACUCACUGGCAUCAGUGGUAGCUUUUAUAUGCAAAUGACCAUUUCAGAUGUAUGGUGUGUUUUUACACUGCAAAACAGUCCCCAUGUGGAUAUUUCUUAUACUAAUUGUACCAUAAAGCUGUUUAUUCUUUCUUGUAAGAAUCCUUUACUAUAAAUAUUGUUAAAGUGUAAUGUAUUAGACAGUUAAAUAUUUUUAAAAUAAAUGUUUCCCUUGUUCUAAGAUGGAGCAUUUACUUUGAUAAAUAAAUUUGAUAAAACCCUGCUGAAGAUGCAUGCAAGAAGCAGUUGCCUAUUUAUCAUUUCUUUAGUUCUGAGGGAAACAGAGAAAAGCAAUGCCUUACAGACACUUAGGGAAUUUUGCCACUACGCUGCAUUUCUAAAGAAGAUAUUACUUAGAAAUUUCAGUUUAAACUACAAAAAAUCCCUUAUCAAGGUGAGUUAAGGUAGACAGUGCAACAGAUUUCUGAUUUUAGGAAAUGCCCAGUUUUUACUUUUACAAUUGAAGUCAUCUCCAACCACCCUGAAAAAAGCAAAAAGCAACUUACAAACCUCCUCUGUAUACUUAAUCUCACUCGCACAUAAUUCAAACCCAUUAAAAUAAUGGAAAUUUUAUUUGCAUGAAAAACUUGUUUACAAUCAAUAAAUGAAGAAUGAACCAUUUGCAUUUUCCUAUUUCAUGACACUUAUGAAAAAUUUAGUAAAUAAAUACUUGUGAACAUAGUAAAGUAAGGCAAAAUUUAAGAUAAAGCCCCUAUCCAUUGUUCACAACUUUUGAACAUGGCUCACGCUGCAAACAAGUGAAAAAAUUCACUGAAGAACUUUAACAAGGAGUUACAUGGGUAAUUGAAUCACGUCCUCAAUCCAAAAACCCAAUGAUAAGUAGCUUUGUGCUCAACCAUAUGCAAUAACUUUAGAAGGGUCAAUCUAUUCAGAGCAAAACUAUUUAUAGUUAAUACUUUUGAUAGAAGCACUUUGUUAGUAUUGUGCAAUAGAUUUAUAAAAAAUGGCUUGAAAUUCCAUUUAUCAACCAUUUGUAAAGUGCUACUAUCAAUUCCAAAUCCUGCAUUCUACCCACGUGUAACAAUACUGAACGCACACAGCCCUCAGCAUCCUGUCAGUUUCGAUAGGCUUAAGAGCGAGGACAGUCCAGCAUACAAAUAAUCAACAUCACAAACCUACCGGUAAACAAAUACAUGUAUGUAACUGUAACCCCAGAAUGUUUUAUCUGUACCCUUCAAAAA